AUGAAGUAUACGUCUGUUUUGUCUGCCUCGGCAUUGACUAGCUUAGCGAGCUCAUCUGCCCUUGUUCCUCGAGAAGCCAGAGUCGCCCCUCCCAAUGCGAUAGAUACAUGGAGGCGUGCCACGCCUCAGGCUCCCAAUGGCUAUGCGCCAGCCGAAGUCGAUUGCCCGUCUACGCGCCCGAGUAUUCGAUCCGCCGACAGGCUUUCUCAGCAAGAGACGGACUGGCUCCAGAAAAGGAGACCGAACACAGUGCAACCUAUGCGCGAAUUUCUUACGCGUGUCAAUAUUGAGGGCUUCGACGUUGGACAAUACAUCGAUAACCACAGCGACAACACUACUGCCUUACCGAACAUCGCGAUCUCAUUCUCUGGUGGAGGAUACCGAGCCCUGUUGAACGGUGCAGGUGCUCUAGCGGCGUUUGACAGCCGAACAUCGAAUUCGACGAGCACAGGGCAUUUGGGAGGAAUAUUGCAGGCAGCCACAUAUGUUUCGGCGUUAUCUGGUGGAGGUUGGAUGAUUGGCAGCAUCUACGCCAACAACUUUACUUCAGUUGAGGCCAUCAUCAACCGAGGCGAAGACUCGUCAAUUUGGCAAUUCCAGAACUCGCUUUUCAAGGGACCUCCUACGAAAGGAAUUCAACUGCUUUCGACUGCGCAGUACUUUGAGAACCUGGUCAGCACGACUAGAGAGAAGUCCGAUUCAACGGCUGGUGACUUCAACACGUCGAUCACGGAUGUUUAUGGCCGCGGACUCUCUUUCCAGCUUAUCAACGCCAGUGAUGGAGCCCCAGCCUAUACCUUCUCUUCUAUAGCGGACGAUCAAGACUUUUCGUCCGGAAAUGCACCAAUGCCUAUCCUCGUAGCGGAUGAGCGUUCACCUGGGGACCUUAUUAUCUCUCUGAAUGCUACCAACUUUGAGUUCAACCCGUUCGAGAUGGGCUCCUUCGAUCCUACAACCUAUGGCUUUGCUCCUUUGAAGUACAUUGGUUCAAACUUCAGCGAGAGUUCGCUUGCCCAAGACCAGGGCUGUGUUGCCGGAUUCGAUAAUCUAGGCUUUGUCAUGGGAACCAGCAGUUCCCUGUUUAACCAGAUCUUCCUCACUCUUAACACCUUCCAGGACAUCCCCCAGAUUCUUCUGAACUUUGUAUCGAACAUACUGCAGGGUAUCGGUGAAGACGGUGACGAUAUCGCCGAUUAUUCGCCAAACCCUUUCUACCACUAUCACAACGAGACGAACCCUAGUGCUGAUAGGGAGCGCCUUACUCUCGUUGACGGUGGUGAGGAUGGUCAAAAUAUUCCUUUCAACCCGGUCAUUCAGCCCAUCCGCCAGGUCGAUGUCAUUUUUGCCAUUGACUCCUCCGGUGACACCGUCGACGAGGACGACCCAUCGCAAAACUGGCCAAACGGCACUUCAUUAGUAGCAACAUAUGAGCGUGCGAGUGGAACCCUCAUGAACAGAACCUCGUUCCCCUACAUCCCCGGACAGGAUACCUUUGUUGCUCUGGGAAUGAACAGUCGCCCAGCAUUCUUUGGUUGCAACAGUAGCAACGUCACUACAGGUGACAACAUCCCUCCUCUUGUUGUUUACCUUCCCAACGCCCCGUACGUCUUUUGGUCCAACCAAUCGACCUUUGGAAAGCUCGACUAUACCAUUGAAGAGCGCAACGGUAUGAUCGAGAACGGUUACGAUGUCGUCACUCAGGGUAACUCCACACGUGAGGGUGCUUCGAACUGGCCUACUUGCGUUGGAUGCGCCAUUCUCUCCAGAAGCUUGGAGCGCAACGGCGAGGCUAUCCCACAAGUGUGCCAGCAGUGCUUCACUGACUACUGCUGGAACGGUACCACGGUGGAGACUUCACAGCCUUACACUCCCGAGUUGAUCGUUGGACAACUCGGCACUACCGAAAAGGACAGUGGUGUAGGAAAGUUCGUACCGAACGCCCUCGGUCUUGCCCUGGCAGCGGCAGUAUCUGGAUACCUAAUGAUGUGA